CAUUUUAUUUUUUAAGCACAACUUUUCAAAGAGAAAAUCACGGAAAUAAAUUUGGAUUCAUGAUCUCUCUAUAUAUCCAGGUGGUUUAAAAUCAUAAAACAAGAAUGAUAGAGAUCUUAAGAAAGCUAAAAACAUGGAGUUUGAAAAUUCCUAAAAUCCCCAGAACUUUUCUCACUACGCCAGAAGAGCCGAUUUUGUCUCAGAUUUACUUUCCUUUAAUCUCUCCUAUUUUUAAUGACUAUUAUUUCUUUCUCCUUUUGCAACAUAUUUUUCUCCACCACCUUUUUUUCCUUCACCAUUAUAAAUUGCUCUCCAUCAUUUCUCUUUUGUAUAUUCAUAAACUAGAGAGACCAAGAGGCAUAAAACACACUAAGUGAUAGAGAGAACACAUCAAAAUGUGUAGUAAAACGAGUAGUGUAAGUUAUGGAAACAGAGAAGAUGAUGAUGAUGAUGAUUACUCUGUCUUGUGUCCGAAGAAACAGAAACAUAAUAAUGGAGGAAGAAAAAGAGUCCCUCGUAGAGGACCUGGUGUUGCUGAACUCGAGAAGAUCCGUCUCGGAGAACAACACAUCUCCACGGCCGCACCAUUUUCUCGUCCUCACCCUCCUCCCCUGGAGAAGUCUCCAACAUUCACUGAUAGAACCGGUCUGGUUUACCCGUUUUCGUCUUAUUUCACUGCUCGAUCUUUCCCUAGUGAUUUGAUUCCUCCGGCUCCAGUGUUUCAGAGGAAACAUGAUUCGUCUCUUCACUACUUCCCUCCGAUGAAUCUACCAAAUCAAGGAUCUGGAGGAUUUUAUCAGUUUAUAGAUCCUCCUUCAAGCCAAACAUCUUGUCUUGACAAUGUCACUCAAUUUCUAGAUGAAGAAAAGAUCUCGGCUGCGAAAAGGCCAUGGCAUCUUAUGGCAGAUACCGCGAAAUGUAGUGUUGGACCGACUAUAACUAGCUCAAGAGAUGCUAAACAAAUCAGAUCACUAGACCUAAGAUUGAAAAGUCAUAUUCAAGAUUCAGGAACCACAAUUAGGAAUCCAAUCACUAUUGAUUCUCCUUCUUCAGCCACUGUUCCUACAACGAUUUUUCCUAAUUGUCCACUCGAUUUCCCGCGCUUUUUACAGAGAGAAGAGGAUGAUCAUGAAAUCAUACAACGAAAGAGCGUUACAAAUUUUCCCUUAAACAGAAAACCAUUCUACAGCUUCUUGCCCUCAAAUGACCAGAGUAUUCGCGACCAAGAUCGAUCCCUAAGCUUGAGAACAGAGAGAUAUGACACAGUCCCUGAUCACGGCAUUGAUCUUCGCCUUAAGUUAUAAUAAAAUUAUUUUCUAAGCAAUUUUCAAAACUUUGAGUCUUUACUCCAUGAGUUUGUAGUUUCGGAUAAAUAUGUAACAAAAGAUAUGCCAAAGACUUGGAUUA